AAUCCAAAUCCCACUCUCUCAGCUCUCCCUCUCUCCUGCAACCCAUUCCCCCUCCUCCUUAGCCCACCCUCUCAAAACCCAGAUCCCGACCCAACCUACAACCACCCCCCAUCUCCCAACCCGCAGAACCCAGAACCCACCCGCAACCCCAUUCCCCCUCCUCCUUACCUUCUGCUAUGUCUCUACCCUUUACCUUCUGCUCUGUCUUUAACCUCGCGCCAGCUCAGCUUUCCAUCUCCUUCCUCUUUCUUUCUCCUUUCUUCUUAUCUUGGCCUUAAAAAUUCUUUCUUGUCAAUUGGGGAAUCAGGUUUGGUCUGAAGGUUGUACCAGAAUCAGAGGGUCAUCGUUUUCCCUAGGAAAAGUUCCUAUUCAUCAUCAGAGAGGUUGGGUUGUGGCAAGGAAAGGAGCAACCAGUGUAAGGGACGAGAGAAAGAGAGAAGAAUGAAUAAGGGGGGAGGUGCAGCGUCAGGUGGCGGAUUGGGAGGUGGGGGAAGUGGGCCCACUGCUGCUGCGGCGGCAGCAGCAGCUCAGAAGCAGAAGGCGUUGCUGCAGAGAGUGGAGACGGACAUCGCCAACAUCGUCGACAAUUUCAGCUCCCUCGUCAACGUCUCCAGGGUGAACGAUCCUCCUGUUAGAAACUCUCAAGAAGCUUUCAUGAUGGAGAUGCGUGCAGCCAGAAUGGUUCAGGCAGCUGAUUCUCUGCUCAAGUUGGUGUCAGAACUGAAGCAGACGGCAAUCUUUUCGGGAUUUGCCUCCCUUAAUGACCAUGUAGAGCAAAGAAUAGUGGAGUUAAACCAGCAGGCUGAGAAGACCGACCAGAUGUUGGCUAGAAUCGGAGAGGAGGCAGCUGCUAGCCUCAAGGAGCUUGAAUCCCAUUACUAUUCUUCUGCACUGAGGACUAGUGAAAACUUGCAGCCAUGAACUUGACAAUAAUUUAAACUAGGCAUUAGUUUGGUGAUUGUUCCUUGAAUCAUGUAUACACAGGCAGAAACAAUGUACUUGUACGAUGCAAACAGAUUUUCACUCUUCAAAUAUCUUUUAUUUUCACCCUGAAUUGAA